UUUAUUGUCAAAUUGGUUUCCAUACAACACCCAGUGCUCAUCCCAACAGGUGCCCUCCUCAAUGCCCAUCACCCACUUUCCCCGGGAGUAUUUUUCUAAAUGCAUAUUUUACUUCAGAGCCCAGGUGCCUCUGAUCUCUAAGCUGAUACACUCAGUGUGUGACCCAAGUGGAUGGGCCUGGGCUGCGUGCCUGUGGAAGGAGCAGGGACACAGGCUGGGCUUGGAAAUGCGCCACCUGCCCAGAUCCUGGAUGGAGAUGCCUGGUUGGAGUGGGGUGGCGCCUCAUGGAUGAUUGCUGGGUUGGGUAAGAGGAGGGACUUGGACACCCUGUUUUUCGGUUUCAUUUCCAAAUCCUGGAGCGUCUUUCAGCCAACGAUGACAAUAACACCUCUAUUAACCUCGUAGUUUUUCCUACUGCCACCAAGCGCCUUCCUUCUCCAAUUAUUGUAGGUAGAUUCUCCCUCGAGAAGCUUCACUCUCUUCUGUCCAGUGUCUCCUGGGCACUCAGAUGCUCCAUCUGAACCCCGACUCUCCUUUCCCACCACCCCCCCCCCCCAUCUCCUUCUCUGGGAAGCCUUCCUUGAAUGACCCACAGUGACUGCUCAGGGCCAUCGCUCCCACCCCCAGUCCCGGGGUCCAGGUCUCGGGCUGCUUCCUUGUCUUUGGAACGGGCCCAGCUCUCCUGCUGGUCUGGGAGCUCCGAGGGCAGGGUCUGGGCCUCCUUCUCCCUUGGGCUCCGCACGUGUUGGGCCCCUGUUCUCCAGCCGUGUCGGAAUAGGUCAGCUGGAGACAGUGACAGAUACAGUCAGGCCAAGAACAUCUUGCUCCCCAAGGCCCAGCCCAGGCAUGGGAGGGGAUAAAAGUCUCGUGCUGGGGCCUCAGGGCAGGAACUCACACACUUCGAUUAUUGUCCGUCUGUCUGCCUGCAGCUGUGUGACCUUCUGUCUCUACCAUGUCUCACCCCUCCUGCCGGGCCCAGAGGGGCUUCAGUGUUCGCUCGGCCUGCUCUCCUCGCUCUGGGGGCUGUGGCAGAGGCAGCUUCAGUAGCAGGAGCUUCGGUUCUUUUGGGGGGCGCAGGGGGGGCUUUCGUGGGAGGGCCUGGGCAUCAGGGGGAAGGCUAGGGGUGUGGCUUGGGGACGGCCGCUGUGGGCCUGGGUUUUCCCUGUGCCCUCCGGGGGGCAUCCGGGAAGUGACCAUCGACCACAGUCUGCUGACCCCCUUGAAGAUUGAGAUUGACUCCCAGUUCCAGGCGGUGCGGACUCAGGAGACCCAAGAGAUCAGGACCCUCAACAACCAGUUUGCUUCCUUCAUUGACAAGGUGCGGUUCCUGGAGCAGCAGAACAAGGUCCUGGAGACUAAGUGGCACCUGCUACAGCAGCAGGGGGUAAGCGACAGUCCCCAGGGCCUGGAGUCUUUCUUCGAGGCCUAUGUGGCCCAGCUCAAGAGGUGGCUGGAGCAGCUCCAGAGAGAACGAGGGGCCCUGGAUGCCGAGCUGAAGUUUUGCCAGGACCAGGAGGAGGAGUAUAAGGCCAAGUAUGAGCAGGAGGCCUACAGGCACGCCACACUUGAGAAUGACUUUGUGGUCCUAAAAAAGGAUGCGGAUGGGGUUUUCCUGAGCAAGAUGGAGCUAGAAGGCACACUGGAGUCUCUGCAAGGGUACUUCUGCUUCUUGAGGCAUCUGUAUGAAGAAGAGCUGAACCAGCUCCAGACCCAGGCCAGCGACACGUCCGUGGUGCUGUCCAUGGACAACAACCGCUGCUUGGACUUCAGUGACAUCAUCGCUGAGGUCCGCGCCCGGUACGAGGAGAUUGCCCGGAACAGCAAAGCCGAGGCCGAGAUGCUGUACCAGACCAAGUACCAGGAGCUUCAGGCGUCCGCCCAGCUUCACGGGGAUAGCAUGAAGGAAACCAAAGUCCAGAUUUCUCAGUUGCAGCAGGCGAGUCAGAGGCUGCAAAGUCAGAUUGAGAACCUCAAGAAGCAGAAUGCCGACCUGCAGGCCACCAUCACUGAUGCUGAGCAGCGUGGGGACCUGGCCCUGAAGGACGCCCAGGCCAAGCUGGAGGAGCUGGAGGCUGCUCUGAGAGCGGCCAAGCAGGACCUGGCCCGGAUGCUGCGGGAGUACCAGGAGCUCAUGGGCAUGAAGCUGGCCCUUGAUGUGGAGAUCGCCACCUACCGCAGGCUGCUGGAGGCCGAGGAGUGCAGGAUGUCUGGGGAAUGCACCAGCCAGGUCACUGUCUCUGUAGGGGGAGGCAGCACCAUUGUGUCUGGAGGAGCUGGUGGUGACCUGGGGGGCGCUUGUGGACUCAGAGGCCGGAAAGGCAGCUUCAGGUCUGGCUGCUCCAGCAUCGUGACCGGAGGCUCCAGCGUCACCCUGGGCUCUGGGCAGGGCCCGGUUUGGGGCCCCUGCUCUGUGUCCGGCUCCGGCUUCAGCUCUGGCUCCAGCUCUGGCGGCCACACCAUCCUGAAGAAGACGGUGGAGUCAAGUCUGAAGACGUCCGUCACAUACUGAGUGACUUGGCAGCCGCUUGCUCCUCUUGCCUUCCAGAACCUUCUCAGUCCAGUUCCCGCCUCCACCGCCCUUCCUGGCCAGCUCUGUGUCCCUUGCCCACAGCCUGAGCCAGCUCACAGGGGACUCUGCACAAGUCAAUAAAAUCAUGCCU